UGCUCUUUGAGCAGGCGUCACAAGUCCAGGAGGACUCCCAGAUUGCACACGGGGUCUGUCUGGGGCAGUGUGACCCCAUCUAGUACCAAAGGUGGUAAAAUCCUAUGUUGCUUGUUUACUGUAUGUACGCAAAGGGGGGUGGGGGUUGCAGAGGGUUGAGAAGAAUUGAGCAUUCAAAUACGUAGGCUCCCAUCUGCAAGAGGGCAGGCCAGGAAAAGGCUGAUUGCUUAAUUUUGAUGAUUCACAAUGAAAGGUAUCCUUUUCCUUUAGCAGAUCCCCAGAGAGAUUGUUACUAAGCACAAAGAAAAGUUUUUAAUGAGUCUUUCUCCACCUGACCCUUCUGUUCCUUUUUUUCCAUUUUUUUGCCCUGGCAGGUCAACUUGACAGCAACAAUGGGUACUUUUCAUGUGGCUGCAGAGGUAGAAGGCAUCAGGGUGGAAGGGGAGGGAGGAAUGCACCUCUCCCUGUCAGGGUCCCGGCUGGACAAUCUAAACCGGCAAAUGCAGUUUGUCACCUACACCAACACCCUCUUCCAUCCUAACACAGCAGAUACAGUGCAGUUUUCUACUGAUAAGCAUCGUGCAACUUUCACCAUUCGCAUCCGACACGCACCUACUCCCAGGCUCUACUAUCCAGGAUCGUCCAGUGGAGGAGCCAGUGAAGCAUCCUACAACAUCAGCGCCUUGGUCACCAUCGCCACCAAAACCUUCUUACGCUAUGACAAACUGCGAACAUUGAUUGACAGCAUCCGAAAGUUCUACCCCACUGUGACCAUCAUCAUUGCAGAUGAUAGCCUGGACAUUGAACGCGUGCAGGGACCCCACAUUGAGCAGUAUUUCAUGCCCUUUGGCAAGGGCUGGUUUGCUGGCAGGAAUCUUGCCAUCUCCCAGGUGACAACCAAAUAUGUUCUGUGGGUGGAUGAUGACUUCAUUUUCACAACCCGCACCAAAGUGGAGAAGCUUGUAGAUGUCCUUGAAAAAACUUCCCUGGAUUUGGUGGGUGGAGCAGUACGGGAGAUUACAGGUUACACCAACACAUAUCGACAGCAGAUCAGCGUGCAGCCUGGUGGUGAGGAUGGAGAUUGCUUGCGAACCCGUCAGGGCUAUCACCACGUCAUCGAAGGUUUCCCUGAUUGCGUAGUCACUGAUGGUGUGAUCAACUUCUUCUUGGCACGUACAGAGAAGGUGCUGCAAGUGGGCUUUGACCCUCGCCUCAAUCGCGUUGCCCACCUUGAGUUCUUCAUUGAUGGCCUGGGUAUUCUGCAUGUUGGUUCCUGCUCCAAUGUGGUGGUAGACCAUGCCUCUAAGAUCAAGCUACCAUGGUUAAAGUCGGUGAGUGAGAAGCAAUAUGCCAAAUUCCGUUAUCCCAACUCGAGUGAUGAUAGUAUGUACACCAAGCAAAGCCUUUUCUACUUCAAGAACCAUUUCAAAUGUAUGAUGGGCGAUUAGUCUUUGCUGAGAGGGUGCUGAGCCCCUCCACUGACAACUGGCUAAGUCCUCAGGUGAUUGGGCCCACCAGUCCCGGACCACCUGCUCUGGUGGCUAGCCACAGCUCUUGGCAAACAGGCUUGUCUGUCCACUAGCCAAAUGCCCAGAACUCAGGGAGGCUUCAACAUUCUCAGGCCUGAAGAAGGACUUGAAAAAUGAGCUUCAAUGCUGCUUAAAAGAAACAAACCUGUGUUCUAACAGAAUUAACUGGCCCAGCUACUCCAUCUUCCAGACCUUGUUGGUGAAAGGAUGCUGUCUGCAUUUGCAUUUUGUUUUACCUAUUUUGCAUCUGAACUGAACCAUAUUCCAUGGGGAAUAAUCUGGGAGAGGCUGCCCCAUGAAGCCUAGGUAUUUUUCCCUUUUCUGGUUAAGAGCAGCCAUCUGCCUAUGUUACUGCUGGACUCCCCCUCCAACUUUGGACUUGCACACACCUACAGGUCAGGUCAAAAACUUGCAGGCUCUGGCAAUAUCCCAGCAUCCUUUGCUUCCGUUUAAUUUAAACUACAGAAGGGGACAGGCUCAGAGGCGGACAAAACCUGAACUUUCUCCAAUGUCACAAUUUCUGUGCCAAGGCUUUGAAUCUCAGCCUCCGCCCUGGCUCCCUCCAACCUCCAGCUGAUGCCGUUCUGGGAUAUUUUGAAGUGCCAAAGACUAAUGAUGGAAAGGCACCACCAGGGGGAAGCCUUGAGGUGUGCACUGCAGCAAAGCAGCCUUGAACUGGGAGAGGACUAUCAAGCGCACACCGGAUUCAAGGUGCUCCCAGGCUUAUUCUCUCCCGACAGCAAAAGGGGCCUGAUGCGCAUGGAUAGUGGAGGGUGGACCAGCUUAUUUUCUAAGGGGAUACUUUAGUGUGUGUGUGUGUACACACACACACAUGGUGAAGCAGAAAGACUGUCCGUGACAGAUUGCCUUUUUUUUUUUUUUAUUUUAGACAGAAUCCAUUUCCAAAGUUUUUUCUCAUUCCUCAAACCUCUCCAUCCCCAGUCUCUGGCUUAUUAAUUCCAAUCCUGCAACCUUCUGCGCUGUUGCUUUUCCUAAAACUAUGGUUUGUUAGGGAGGUUAAAAAAACAACACAAAUCAGGGGUGGGUUUGACCUUUUUUGUAUGUGUUUAGUUCCCUUGCAUGGGGUUGGCCCAUAUGAUGGGCCCCACAAGAGCCUGCAUCCACUCCUGCACUCCUUCCUGGCAGCUGGGCUGCCAAUUUCAUUGGGAUGAAAAUAGCCACGGCACCAGCCCAACCAUUUAAGAUACGGGUGCAUUUUUAGUGCAGGGAGUGACAAAAAUGAGACAGGUAUGGUAAUUUCAAAAUCUCUGUAGCAGGAGUGGUAUAGGAAUUCACACAGGCUGAUUCACAAAGUUGUUUCUUGCUGCAAAAGGACGAAGGAUGGAAAAUUCCAUCUUGCUAGAUGAACUUUUUGAAAAUAAAGGAUUGUGUAGGAUCCGGUUGUUGGAAAUAAGAUAUUGGUUGGGUAUGGCCUAGAAGCCGCAAGGAAAGCAGCAAUUGUAUUCAUGCUUAUUUGGGAAUAAGCUGUACUAACCACAAUAAGACUUUAAGUACUAUUUUAUGUGGAAUUGUCCUCCUCAUACCCCCAGAACAAUGCAGUAAAUAAAUUAAGCACACUUCAAUGCUAAAAACGAUGGCACUGCAUUUUGCUUCCCCCCAUGUAAGUAGGAAAGAAGCUACUGAGGUUGCUCCCCUGCCUGGCGUGCUAAUUUUGAUAAAAAUUCCAAAGCUUGUUUGUUCAUUUAUUUAUAUAUUUGCUGUUCAAGGAUGGGUGCAUACAAACAUGCAGCUCUGAGUUGGUGCAGUCCAAGAAAACCUCAGGUCCUUGACACUGCUGAAGGUGUAAAAUGAUUCCUGUUCCCAGUCAUUAGCAUUCGCCAGAUGCUCGGGGGCUUCCGGCAAGAUUGUUCUUGUGCUGCUGCUCUGCCUUAUUCGUUGCAUUUUAGGAGGGGUCAGAACUUGGUAUGGCCCUCCAUAUGUGAACCUUUGGCUGUUUUCUUGCCACUUCACUCUUUUUUCACUCCAGAGAAAACUCUGCUAAGGGAGAAAGGGUGGAAUAACUGCAUCAAGUUUUAGCUGGAUUCAGUGCAGCAUCCCAAAACGAAAAUAAUGGGAAAUCCAGGCCCUGUGGAUGUAUAUGAUUUGGUUACGCCCGCUUGGCAUCACUGCCUCACCUGUGGUAGUGCUUGCCUUCUGUCAUCCAAGGCUGCCUCCCGUAGUGUUAGGCUGAAUAAGUAGGAUGGAGAUCCAUAGUUGCAAGCACAGAGCAAUAAUCUAACCAAGGAAUGUUGUCCUGGUUCUGGGCAUUCACAAGAACCUCCAGUUACCUGCAAGCAUGCUUACCCACUAAAGAGAGGUGCGGGCUGAGAAAUGUAGGUUUGUCUCUAGGGCAGCUGGUUGCAAACCUACAACAAUCAUUUAUACUGAAUGGUAUGAGAGCUCAUUCCUCCAGAGCAGAGCUCCCUCUCCACCCAAGCCAAACCCUGGCAGAACUAACCGGGUCAGUUAAAGAGCUAACAGUUGCAUUUGCUCAGUUAGAGUUGUUUUGUUGUUUCCUUGUGUGGUACAAAUCCCAUUUGGUUAACUUAUGAUUCAAUAUAUUGUGCAAACUCCAAAACAUGAAUCAGUUCAUUAACCACGUUUAGUAUGUUGGCUGAACCUAACUAGCAAAUCAAAGGCUGUGUUAGUGCAUCUAUACCCUUUUAUCCUACUGGUUAGAACAGCAGUUCUGGUCUGAGAGAAUCUCUCUUGCAACGAACAGGGAGAAAAGAGGGGCUACCUUUCAUUUCUGGCAAUCAAGCCGUUCCCUAUUCCCCAUUGUGCAUUAUUUCCCAGGCUGAACCCCUCUCUUCCCUUCAUUUUGGCCUCAAUGACUUAUUCUGUGAUGACUUCAUUUUGGGGGGGGGGCGUAAUAAAGGAUUUUUAAAAAAUUA